ACACUGAACUUUGUAUGAAUUUAAAUUAAUUGCCAAUUAAAUUAAAAUUAAAUACUUUAAUGGUUUAAUUACAUAAAAUUUUUAUAAACACAACAAAUUAAAAUGUAAAUAUUGUUUCUCUCAAAAUUAAAAUUUUAUUGAUUCUUCGGUACGAUCCCUCAAGGCAGCAUGACAGUAGAAGAAUUGCUUAAAUUUCUAUUGGAUCGCUAUCAGAGUUUUAAAAGUGAGCCCUUGGUUGAAGCCAUAUGUUGGUGUAUACUAACGUCCUUGGCUAUGUUUGCUUUUUAUAAAUGGCGUGAGGGACCUCGUUAUACAAAGGAAACACGUUUAGAUGGUAAAGUGGUGCUGAUAACUGGCUGUAAUACCGGCAUAGGCAAAGAAACUGCUUUGGAAUUGGCUAAAAGAGGAGCUAAAGUUUAUAUGGCUUGUCGUAGUUUCGAGAAAUGUGAAGAGGCUAGAAUGGAAAUUAUAAAGCUUUCCGGCAAUCAUCAAAUAAUCAAUCGUUCUUUAGAUUUAUCUUCACUAAGAUCGAUAAGAGAAUUUGCGGCGAAUUUCUUAAGAGAGGAGACACGUCUGGAUAUUUUGAUUAAUAAUGCAGGAAUACUUAGAACGAAACGCCAACUUACUCCAGAUGGUUUUGAACAACAUUUAGCAGUCAAUCAUUUGGGUCACUUUCUUUUAACCAAUUUACUUCUGGACCUAAUCAAAGCCUCUGCCCCUAGUCGUAUAAUAGUCGUCAGUUCAUUAGCUUAUAUUCUGGGUAAUUUUGAUAAGGCAGAUAUAAAUAUUGUAAGGGGAUUUACACCUUACAAAUCCUAUGGACGCAGUAAAUUGGCCAAUAUUUUAUUUACCCGAAAAUUGUCAAGUCUUCUAAAGGAGUCGAAUGUUAGUGUUAAUUGUCUACAUCCAGGCGUAGUACAAACGGAAUUAAUGCGUCAUGAUCCAGUUUUGAAUUUCUUAAGAUUCAUAUUAUCGAAAUUUUUAUUUCGUUCCACUAAGGGAGGAGCUCAAACUACUCUGUUUUUGGCUUUGGAUCCUGAAGUUCAGUUUAAAACUGGAGGUUUUUAUGACAAAAUGAAAUUGUAUCCUCUGCUGGCGAAGGCUAAAGAUGAUGAUAUGGCUGAUUGGUUGUGGCUGGAAAGUGAAAAGAUGGUGGGAUUAAGGGCAUCAACAACUAAUUUUUGAAGUGAUCGCAGAUUUGUAUCUGAACUAUAAUAAAUAUCGGAAGAAUGUCUAUUAAGAUGUAUAAUCGUUAGUUUCCCCGUCAAAGAUUUCCCUCAAACAAUAUAUUGUUGUCAUGCUGAAACGCUACAUUGAUCAGUGAUCACUGUAUGACUCUCCAUAUGUUUCUCUCUCUCGCUCUCUUUUCUACUUACUCUCACACAUUCUAAAUACGUUUUCUCUUAAAAAUAAAAAUAACAAUU